AUGCAAGUUGUGAUCAAACAGCUGUGCAGGCGAAUUACACAAUCUUGCAUUGUCACAGAACAUUUGUAUAGAUCCAUUUCUUCUACUGUCUCCUUAUCAAGACAGUGUCUGGGUGGGGAUCCAAGAAGCAGAAACAUUUUUGUAUUGAAGGAAAUAGACGUUAUGGAUCCAAAAAUUGAAGAACAGCUUGCUCCCUUUAGACAAGCUGUGAAGGAACAGGGUGACAUUGUUCGUCAGCUGAAGGCAGAUAAGGCCCCUGAUAUUGAUCUACAGAGAGCUGUUGCUGAGCUGAAAACGAGAAAACAUGCCUUGGAACAUAAGGAGAUUGAGUUGACACCAAAGGACAACUUUGACAGAAGCAAGAUGGAGGAUCUACUUAAACAGAAAUUUUUCUACGACCAGUCAUUUGCUAUUUAUGGAGGUGUGAAUGGACUGUAUGAUUUUGGUCCUAUGGGUUGUGCUGUGAAGGCUAACCUGCUACAGGCAUGGAGAAACUUCUUUGUGUUGGAGGAGAAUUUACUGGAGGUGGACACAGCCAUGCUUACUCCUGAGGUUGUGUUAAAGGCAUCUGGUCAUGUUGAAAGGUUCCAGGACUAUAUGGUGAAAGAUGUCAAGAAUGGAGAAUGUUUCAGGGCAGACCAUCUCAUUGAAAAUUCAUUUGAAAAGAUGUUAACUGAUAAAAAAGUGACAGCGGAAGUAAAAGAACAAAUCCGGAAAAUAUUGCCAACAAUAGACAACAUGGAUAAAGAUGAAAUGGGUAAAACGUUAAAACAGUUCAAUAUCAAAUCACCUGUGACUGGCAACGAUAUAUCGGACCCAAUGGAAUUUAAUCUCAUGUUUGCAACAUCCAUCGGACCCACAGGGACACUGAAAGGUUAUUUGAGACCAGAAACAGCUCAGGGUAUAUUUGUCAACUUUAAGAGGUUAUUGGAGUUUAAUGGUGGUAAACUUCCCUUCGGUGGAGCACAAAUUGGCAGUGCCUUCAGAAAUGAAAUUUCACCAAGAUCUGGCUUAAUAAGAGUGAGAGAAUUCACCAUGGCUGAAAUAGAAUACUUUGUAGACCCACAAGAGAAAAAGAAAUUCUUCAAAUUUGAUUCAGUGAAGGAUAUCAAAUUGACGCUGUUCUCUGCCUGUAAUCAGAUGGAUGGUAAAGGUCCGGAGGCCAAAUCUCUCAAGGAUGCCGUUGCUGACGGUACUAUAGCCAACGAGACUUUAGCAUAUUUUAUGGCACGUAUUAACUUGUUCCUCAUCAAGAUUGGCGUGGACGAGACAAAGUUACGAUUCAGGCAGCAUCUGUCCAAUGAGAUGGCUCACUAUGCUUGUGACUGCUGGGAUGCUGAAUUGAAGACAUCCUAUGGUUGGAUCGAGUGUGUUGGAUGUGCAGAUAGAUCUUGUUAUGAUUUAAUGUGUCACCAAAAAGCCACUGGUCUAAAACUUGUAGCUGAGAGAAAGUUAGACAAACCCAAAACAAUAGAAGUAGUGGAAUGUAAAGUGAACAAAGGUGUGAUGGGCAAAGUGUUUAAGAAAGAUGCAAAGGUUGUUACAGACUUCAUAACUAGAAUGGAAGACAAUGAGCUUGAUGCCAUGGACAAAAUACUCAAGGAGAAAGGAGAAUUUGAAAUCAAACCAAAUGACCAAUCGUUUGUUGUGAAAUCAGAUAUGGUUACAGUCAAUAAAUUUUCAAAAACAGUUCAUGUUGAAGAUUUUAACCCAUCUGUGAUAGAGCCGUCGUUUGGUAUAGGCAGAGUUAUGUAUGCCUUGUUUGAACAUAACUUUAGAAUGAGAGAAGGGGAUGAGCAGAGAACGUAUUUAUCACUGCCGCCAAUAAUUGCGCCCUACAAGUGUUCAGUCCUGCCAUUGAGUAACAACGCACAGUUAAUGCCCUUUGUUAACCAACUUGCUAAGGAUCUGCUGAAAUGUGAUAUAUCGCACAAGGUUGACAGCAGCACCGGUUCGAUAGGUCGUAGGUACGCCCGCACCGAUGCCAUUGCCAUACCGUACGGUAUCACAGUGGAUUUUGAUACCAUAAAGGAACCUCACUCUGCGACACUUAGAGAGCGAGAGUCAAUGAAGCAAAUUAGGGCACCGAUCUCAGAGCUUGCACAGAUUGUGUACGAUUUAGCCAAUCACAGGCGUACCUGGGAUGACAUUCUCAACAAUUACCCAAUCUUUGAACAACAAGAAUCGACCAAAUAAUGGGAAAUUAUGUAUAGAUCACACAUGACAAUUUGACUUCAGGCAUACUUAUGAGAUACUGUACUGUAUAGUUCCAACAUGAUAAUUGGACUUUUGAGUAUUUUGGGGAAAAAAAUGAGAUUGUAUAAGUUUUUUUAAUAUUAGUAGGAUAGGUCCAACAUUACAGUUUGACUUAAGGUUUACUUUAAAAAUACUUGACUGUCUCUAGUUCAACAAGAUAUUUUGACUUUUGGGUAUUUUGAAAAAAAAAAGGGAGUUGCAAAUUUUGUUACAACAUUUCAAAAUAGUUCUUAAAUGAUAAUUUGACUUAAUGCAUGAUAAGGAAAUACUUUGCGGUACAGUUCUGAAUUUGAGUAUUCUGAAAAUUUAUUAAGAUUACAAUGUUGCUUCAGUAUAAAACAAAUCGCAUUUUGCUUACUUAGGAAUAUGUUGUACAGUUCUAACAUGAUAAUUCGACUUUUGGCAUUCUUAAGUGAAGUAUAGUUCCAACAUGGUAUUCUGACUUCAUAGAAAUUGUACUUUACAGCAAGUCGUAACUGAACAGCUGAGUAUAAGUAGAGUCCUAAAAUGGCAUUUUAAUAAAUGAUACCACGAAUGUAUUCUCAUGGUAACAUUCAAUUACAAAACUGCAUAUAUGUAUUGAUAAUUAUUGCUUGAAAUGUAUUGUUUGCUUUGUAUCAAAAGGUUUCAGCUUAUGUAAAAUGUGAAUAUGAUAGAUGACGAAAGUGAAAAAACGUAUUCAUAAUGGUAUCUCACUUAUAAUUACAGGACAAGGCUGUGUUUCAUAGAAAGUCCUCUAUCCAAAAUCAGCUUUAAGACGAAAACAAAUGUCCUAUGUUAUCAGUCCAAUGCAAUGACUCCGUCAAGUUCUGAAUCACAAUGUAGAUGAACUUUUACACAUUCUGAAUUACAGUGCGCACAAUUGUACUUCUUAAUUUUUGUCAGGAAGAAAUUUAUUGAAAGUUUUCAGUCUUUGAUUAAAGAUAAAAAAAAGUUUUAUUGAAAGGGUCUUAAGUGGGUCCUAAAGGUUGCAUUACAUCCUAGGGCUUAUGAUACACUUUGGUCUUUCGAUGGAAUGCAACCUGGAUUAACAAUUUUUUUUUCAUUAAUGUUAAAGCUGUAAAACUCAUGAAAAUGAAAUUGUUAUGUUAUUUUAUGAUUUCUAAAGUGCUAAAUUGUAAAUUAUUGUUGAAUUUUGUCCUUAUGAACCAGUAUUGUACAUGUGUACAUUUUGCUAUACACUUGGAUGUAUAGAAGAUAAUGCUUAAUUUGGUGAACAGUUGUUUACAAAUUGUUAAGAUUUGCCUCUUCUUAUAGGUCUUAUAUUUUUAUACUAUGCAAUUUUUUAUUCUGUUCAGAUUAAGUCCCAAUUUCAUAUAAAUUUUUUAUCAAUAUUUAUGGUCCUGGGAAUUAUUUGGUUCAACCAAGUAUUUGCUGAUACGUCCAGAAAUGUCAAGCAUUCAGUCAGACAUCAGUUUCUCAUGGUUUUAACUCACUACAGUGUUGAGCAGUACCUUGCAGAAAUCAUGAUCACAAAAUAGAAAAAUAUCGCUUUUUCUGCUGAUUCUUACAUUUUCCAUUGAUUAUCGUAAUAUACAUUGGUAUGAAAAGAUGAAUUAGAGGUCUUAAAGAGCAUUUGAGCAGGCGAAUAGAAGAUAUUUAAGCAUUAUAUCAUUUUUAGCGCCUUGUCAGGAAAUAGGGUAUUUAGUGCAUUGUUUGUAGUGAGGUGCUCCAAAACUUCUUUUAGCCUCACUAUUUUCCUAUAAAGCCUUUGUUUACUGAUUUAUAUCUUAAACAUACAGCAUCCAGUUUAUGGUUGAAUGAAAGGUCACGGGGGGGCUAAAAAUAGAAUUUUCUUUAUUGUUAGGCUAUUUUAAGCUUUGACAGUACAACAUUAUUGAGCAUUCUUUUGAUGUUAGAGAUGGUUUUUUUAAACCCUGAACAGGCUGAAUAUACUUGUACUUGUCUGGCAUUUAAUUGUCAUCAGUAUAGAGCCUGUUCACAUGGAUGUGACAGUUAGCCUGGCUCUGUACUGAUGGCAAAGGUUGAUAACUUUUGGUUCCAGCCGGUUUAGAGUAAAAAAUACAGUCAAAUCUUUGUUAAAGACUUUCUCCAAAAUAAAGACCGUCCCUUAAAUAAAGGUCAUUAUUCAACAGCUCUCCACUUGUCUGUAUAAGGGUCAUGUUCUGUCUCUCUUUUGGGUGGCCUUUGUUUUCAGGUUUGACUGAACAGUGGUAUUCUAAUUGGACAUUUAUGAAUAACUUGAAAAAUUUCUUAAACUUGUAUUUCAUUUAAACAUUGUUUGUCUUGAAAUGAAAGAUAUAAAUUUUUAGAAACACUUGAAAAAAAUUGUUAAGUCUUUCAUAUUUUUACUUGCAGAAUAAAUUCAGUUCUUAAUAUUUAUAAAUAAAAAAAGAAAAA